AUGAUAUGCAUGUGCCUCGUGUGUUGUGGAUGGUACAGCCUUUGUGGCAUGAAGGCAAAGGAGUGCUUGGAAAUGUUCCAUCUUAAAAUGGGUUCGCUGGGACGGCCCUGGCAAGUAAGCAAGGGUAGCAAGGCGAGCAGCCCCUUGCAAUGUCAAUGUCAAUCUCUUGUUCAGAAUGUAGUUGGUGACACGGUCUCCAUUGGAAACAAGUUUCUGACAUCCGGAACAACCGAAGGAGAAGUUUGGACCCAGCACUUCGGCUUUCUUCCAGAAGAUAGGAUCCAACCUGAUCAACGUCAGCAUGUACUAAUUGCAAUUUCACACGCCCCGACUGCUAAACAUUCCGAGUCGGAUUGUGACAUCACUAAACGGAUCUUGUUGAGGUUUUAA